AUGUUGUUCUCCAUGGGGUGUGGGGGCAGCAGAACGGACGCUCUUGAACCUCGCUAUCUGGAGAGCUGGACCAAAGAGACUGAGUCGACAUGGCUAACCAGCACUGACACGGACAUCCCCCUUUCUUCAAUACAGAGCAUCGUCUCUGAGAACUCCUCCGAGGCCGGCUUCGCUUCUGAGAAAACUAUCAGCCCUGUACCAGAUUUUUUUGGAGAUGGCCUACCUCCUCCUGCUCAGGCAUACCUGAAAGUUUGCUCUGCCCUGUCUGAGGCCAGUCUGAAUGACAUCAAACCCAACAGCCCCCCUGCAAUACUGGCCUCUCCCCGCCAGGAGGUCGUGGCACCUUCAUCUGGAACCACGGUGCAGCGGAGGAGCGUGCUGCGGACAGAGGAGAUUAGGAAGUGGGAGGACAACCGGAUGUCCACCAAGCAGGUGACUAUCACGGUGACGCAGAGCAUCCGUCAGGUGGAUCGGAGUGGAAAAAUCAAGGAGAAGUCCCUCACCACCUAUGAGGUUAUGAAACCUGUUGAAAGCCUCAAACAUGUGCACAAGCGAAAUACUUAG